AUAAAACAGCGACUUAUUGGGAGUCUGGAAGAGGCAUUUCCUCGAACACCUUGUGCACUUCGUUUCUGGACAUUUAUUCUUUGAGAUUUAGGAGAGCUUCUUAAUUUAUCUCAUCGGAGUUCUCUUGCCGUGCCAGCGAUCACGAUGGAACACCACGACGUCAUCGACUUCGUGGUUGAAGAUGAAGACGAAGACGAGGACGAUGGGGCUACUCUUACAACUACUGAUGCCGGCGAAAUGACGACGAUCUCACGCCAUUCGUUCUCAACGCUAGGUCGGACAGACGAAGGUUUUUCCAUCGACAUCAUUGAGAAUAUUAAGGGAGACUACGGACUCUUUGUGUGGCCGUGCAGUACUGUGCUGGCCGAAUAUGUGUGGCAGCAGAGGUUACGCUUCUCAGGGACAUCCGUGGUUGAGCUGGGGGCUGGAACUUCCUUGCCUGGAUUAGUGGCUGCAAAAGUGGGUUCAGAUGUCACACUGACAGACAACUCAAACAGAUUAGAGGUACUGGACAACAUGAGAGGGAUGUGUGACCUCAAUAAAGUCAGCUGCAAAGUAUUGGGGCUCACCUGGGGAGAGUGGGACACACCCAUAUUCAGUUUGCAACCAGAUAUUGUUCUUGGAGCUGAUGUUUUAUAUGAUAGUAGUGACUUCGAUGAUCUCUUCGCAACGGUGACAUUUCUUCUCCAAAAUUCUCCUGGAUCAGUCUUUAUAACAACAUACCAUAACAGGAGUGGGCAUCAUCUUAUCGAAUACUUGAUGGUGAAAUGGGGCUUAAAAUGUACAAAGCUUCUAGAUGCCUUCUCAUUCAUGCCCUCCUCCAAGACAUCUAAUACAAGUGGCAGCAUUCAAUUGGCAGAGAUCAUGUUAGAUCUUCAACAGCCUCAGGGUGCUUCUGCAAUCUGAGUCUAAUGGUGGCACCAAAAUCUGAAUUGAGAGGUAGGGUUGGUGACACUGCAUGGAGGAUGGGAGAUGGAGAAGACAAGGAAAAAUAGAAAAGUGCUUCCUCCCCGAAAAUUACUCCUAGAUGCCACUGGUUCCAACUUGGACUACUGUAUUGGGUAACUGGAGCCAUAACUUGCCCUUAUGAACUGCCUGCUGUAGAGAACCAAAAGCCAUUUCCAUUUUGUCUUAUUAAAUUGGCUGGAGCCAGAUCAACCAGGGUUAGUCUAAUUCCAAGUUACUAUAUUUUAGAAUACUCAAAAGACCAAAUGCAUGAAUUUCAUUGCUGCUUUGCAAGGAUAAAGUAGUGAAAUAUUGGAAUCUUGAGCAUACAAA